UAUUUCUCGAGAGUAGACAAACAGUCGGAAAAUUACGAAAUUCCAAACUGAUAUAUAUAAAUAAACAUUAAGUGUGCAACUUAUUCCCACAGUAAUAUAUAUUCCAUUAGCGACGAAAUUAACGAGGCGGAUGAUAUAAAAGACUAUACCAGAACUGCAUACAAAGAGUAGAAUUUACGAAAGUGCAAAGUAAAAUGUUUUCAAGAAUUUAUUUCAACAAGUCAUUGUUACAACAUUAAAGAAGUUAUUUCCUUCCCGCUGAUCGUCACAAUUCGGUCCGUCUAGCGGAACAAUGUGUUCUAAGCUUUCUGAACAAAGAAAAUUCUUCUGGAAAGUUCCAGAAUUUAAUUAUUAUAAUGAAUAUUUGAGACAUCUCGAUCAUUGCUUUGCGCAAAGAAGACUCAUCACUCGGUCAACAAACAACAAAAUACUUGAGUUCGAUCAGGCGUUAAGCGUUUAAAUGCAGCCUUUAUUGAGGACAAGUGCUCUGCUAUUGUCGGUUGAAUCUUUUUUUUUCCCUUGUCCGAGUAAAUGAACCAAAAAGCCGACUAACCGCAUAUUGUUUAUCAGUUCUCUUUUUUAACUGUUUCCGUUGCAACCUGUUCUCCGGUGAAAACAAUUUAAUUUUUUGUAUUCUUGCACAACGUCAACCCACAAAAACCUGGUGAUUUUAAGGUUUGUGGUUUCGCAAUAACAGGUGUUAAACGUUGGGCGGAACCCUUUGCAAACUCUAACAGUCCAUUCAACCUUUUGUAAAGUGGAAUUCAAUCAAAUUAAUGUGUUGAUCGUCAGCGUCGGAAAUUAUAAAACUAAUGCCCUCAAUCAGCAUUUUUUGACAAUGUUCAAUGCGUAGUUUUUUUUUUCUCUCGCCGUCUUUGGAAUGAUCAUCAUUAGAUAAAGCCGGUGGGAUUGUUUAUCAAGUUUUACGAGUCGCAAAAACUAUUUCAAUUUCCUUUCCAAAUUUUAAUCAUGUGCAGAGGCGUCAAGCGAAUUUCUAAUAAGGAAAAUUGGCCUCUAUUUUUUUUCUGUCUCGAGAAUCUUUUAUGCUCUCAACCUCGAUCGCCGGUGAAUUUUUUUUUUCGACAAUAUCGGCCUCGUGAGAUUGAGCAUGUGCACUUAGGUUCUUCAUCGCAAUUUUCCGCAACAUCCGCAAGUUACUUAAGAACAUCAAAACAAGAUCACGGAUACACACAACCACAGUUCACUCUCGAGUGUACUUCAAGGAAGGAGGUGGGAAAAAUGAAGUACGUCUUUUGUUGGCCAACAAUUGUACUCAGUACGUUUUUGGUAGGAACAUUUUCAGGAGAAGUUGUCGCGUCGACUAGACGCAACGAAAAGGACAGCGGGUCUCAAGAAAACAUUAACUUGCACAAAAUAAGACGAUCAAGACGAAGCCAUGGCAAAACCGGGGACACUAAGCCUUCAGAAAUGACGACCUUUGGCUACGAACACAUGCUCACGGCGUUUGUCAAUGAUGUCGAAGAAGAUCUAAUCGACUUCAACUACGACACGCUGUGGCACAAUGGUUCGGAAACAUUGACUAGACUGACAAUUCGCGAUCUUGAAGAUUUCAGAGCAGUUAACGGAUCACAUCUUCACCACGUGGUCGAUUCCGCGAUAAUUGACGAGCCUGAACCAGAACUUCUGUCGCCAUCUCAAAGAGCAAGCUAUCGAUCAGUUAUAUCCGAAGUCGAGCAACCCUUAAAGUCUCGCUUAAAAAGACUUAUUUUUGGGCGUGACGGCCGCAUCAGGUUGAACACUUCCAGUCAAGCACAAAAAUUUCCGUUUUCAGCGAGCGUGAAGAUCUCAACUGGUUGUACGGGAUCCCUGAUCUCUGAGCAGCACGUUCUGACAUCCGCGCACUGCAUCCACGAUGGUCAGCGGCUGCUUACAGAGAUCGCUAACUUGAAGGUGGGAUUUCUCCGGCGCAAUAAAAAAUUACGUUGGGUUGCCGUGAACAACGUUAAGUUCCCGCAAAACUGGCGUCUAAAAAGUAGUCCCCCAAGCUUUGAUUAUGCCGUGAUCGCGCUGCACCGAGCGCAAAAACGGCCAUUUCUAAGGCUUGGAGUGAUUAAGGGUCGACAUCGCUAUAAACUCCACUUUUCCAGCUUUCCCGGGGACAAAAAAUCGAAUUCGAUGUGGUACAGCCACUGCGAAUCAGCAGUAAUGAGCAAUUUAUUGAUCUGUCGAUGCGAUGCGUCCUCAGGAAGUUCCGGCGCCGGAACAUACGUCAGAACACAUCUUCUAGAAAAGGGGAAAGAUCGUGUAAUAGUCGGUAUUCUAUCGGGAUCCGGGCGCGUCCGCUUGGUUGAUGGCCAAAGAAAGCUCUUUAAUCUUGUCACCAAGUUAACCAACUUAAAGGUGAGGCAGAUUUGCCGCUGGAUCGGCGCCGGGUCCACAGAGUGUAUCUCGUGGUCAUCACGAAGCGCUGAUAUCCACGGGCGUCUUCGAUCAGAACCACGUGGGUAGAAGAAUGGUCGAUAGACAUACGUAAGUGUUGUGACGAACAAUGGGCGGCAGAGAAACGCAACCACAGUGAUUGAAAUACUCCUUGAGAGGAAUGGUAGCUUCCAGUACAGUAUGAAAAUACUGUUAAGAGACACUAAUAAAUAACAUAAUUUAUUUAAGUAAUUUUGAUAAUUUAUUAAAAAUAGUUGAGAGGAAAAAGAUAAUGUAUCUGUAUGCCAGGAGUAUUUUAACAUUUUAGAAGUGUGUAUUGCUAUUUGCAGUGUUUUAUUAAAGUCUCGGUUCAAAAUCGAAGCACAUAUCUCUUUUCUUUAACGCUACGAAAUCUGAGCCACAGUUAAAACUGGCUGAAAUGCUUGGUUACAAGUCAGUGUAGUAAUAACAUUGACUGUUGAUAAACCCUUCUGAUCUAAAAAAUGACGCAAUAUUUGAUAACAGGCAACAUUUAUACCUUCUCAUUAUCACCCUCACACACAAAACCUUUUAUCCAAAUUGAACUCAAAACAAACUAAUUUCUAUGUUAUAUCAGGGUUAACGUGUGACCUCGUUUUGAAACAGAGGCGAUGGCGACAAGGAAACGGCUUUUGGGUUAUCUGAAGGGCAGGUUAGUACAUGCUUUAUAACUUUUUUUUCAAAAAUUACUUUGUCAUCAAACCUAUGAGGCAUGUCAACUCAUGGCUAACUGCAAUUCAACUUGUACGAAAAGGGUUUUCAUUGAACUCAUUUUUGGAAGAAUGUGAUGAUAGUGAUUUUACCGCCAAGAUAUUGGUGCAAAGUGUUUUAAAGAACGUCAAUCGAUUCCAAAAAUGGUUUUGCAUUGCACUGGGAGGCAAAAGAGAGAAGCGAAAUACUGUCAGAGAAUCUGUCAAAAAAUAAACGGAAAUAUUGUUUCUUGCAAACAAUCAUAACAUACCGGGACAAAUGAUCCAUUUUUUUUCCUUUACACUGAUUUUUCCUGUAGAUUAAAGUUUUCAAUUCGAUUAACGUUAGUUAUGCAAACUAAAAAGUAGCGACGUUGUUUUUAAUUUCACGGUAGGUCUAUUUUAGUAUAUAAUAUUUCACUCUACGCAAUAUCGCCACAGAUCUCGUUUCAUCUUGAUCAUGAUCACAAUUGAACAAUAUCGUGAUUUUUAGCCAUUUUGGUAGACACGAUAUGUACUUCAGGUAAAAUUGUUUUAUUAAAAAGAACAUCCUGAUCUCUCCUAUUAAGAACCUCUCCAGAAGAUCACUUCAAACCUUCUAAAUUGUCCUGGGAACCCGUCAUUUGAAGCUACCUGUGAGCUACCUCACCAGGGCGCCAUUCGGAGCAAACCGCUAAUUUAAAACUGCCCGAGGGUUUCAGUGCCCAGGAGGGAAUUCUAAUUUCGGAGUAAUUAUUUCAGAAUAGAUAUCGUUUAGUACUAAAAAUGUUUCAGCCGAGUUCCGGAAAUCGGUCGCAUUGUUGGUAUAUGACCCAGCUAUACAAUUAGUCAGCAAUCUUAAAUACCACAAAUGUGAGCAAAAAUCUUGUAACAAAUUCGCAAAACGAGAGUUCAAAAACAGAUGAUAGUUGAAGAGAAAACGAGCUUCAAUCAGGAACAGAAAGUGUAGUCGAUAAAUCGAAUUCCAGCUUUCUUUAAAUUGGUCGGGUUUAUAUUUUAAAAUGAUAUCACAAAUUAGUAGUAAUUUUUCUCGGUUCACCGCAAAUCCCUGAUACUUGUUAGCAGGCCACUACUCCAUUGAUCUUUGAUAAUGUCGUUGGCAGUUUGAAAAAACAAUUUCGACCCGAUAACAGUUUUAUUGAAGUUUUAUUGGCCAUUUUUCCGCUAAUUAUUCACUUACGAAAAGCCCAAGUUUGUUGAUGCCUUUUUUUUUAAUCACUCAGCGAAUUCUGGUUUGUCUCCUUGAAGGAGCUACGACAUGGUUUGCGCAUCUUGAAAAGUUAAGCCUAAAUUUUUCAAGUUUGUUUGUAAUCCGUGUUAAUCUUCUCCAUCCUUGACCAUCCUUGUUCCUUUACGGUUUAUUGUUAUCUCUUUGGUGUUUUUCUACCUUAAUAAUCUACUAUUAAUCUAGAAGGUAAAUUCAAACGUGUCCAAAAUAGUUCAAAAUUCUGCGACUGAGCUCCUUUAAGUUCUAAUUCAUGGGUGAGUUAAACAAGACUUCGUGUCACUGAGUACGUUUAUCAGUCGACAUGAAGAAUCGAAGGGUGUUUGGUAUCGUCAUUUCCUUCCUGAUUAAGUGUCGUAGACUAACGGAAACGCGUUUGCAACAGUACCAUUAACUGCAAAUAACCUCCCAAAAUACACCCCAUUGUUGGGCCAAUUCGACUGUAACAAGCUGAAUCAUAACAAAGAGUGAGUCAGCAAAUUUAUUUUUUUGGUUUCUUUAUUUUAUUAGGAACGGCAAGUAAUCCACCAAAAGAAAAGAGAAGGUCCAAAUUAGCUAAGCACCGCUAAGGUGCGUCAGAUCUCAUUAACUGAACGCAACGGCCGUACUGGAAAAAAGAGCAACGACUGAACUCUCUACAAAAAAAGACCGAAAGUCGAUAUUCUUCCAGAUCGGUUUUGAGAAAGCUUGGCAGAUGAGAGAUUUAUUACACGAUCUAUAAUUAAAGCAGAGCAUAAAAACUUUACCCGGUCCAACAUGCUUGGAAAAAUACUGGCCCGACAUAACACUGAUGGCUUCGCCAGGAUGCAUAUAUUUACAGAGUCAAUAGUGUCAGGCACGAGGUUUUUGUAUAAUUAUUAACAUCCGACAUCGCGCCAAAUAAAAGUAUCGGAAACCAUCAUUCAAAUGAAUACAAUGUUAUACAAAAUCAUAUUUUACACGCAUCGUUAUGCGACUCCAAAACCAAGUAUUUUGUUACAUGAUACAGCGGUUUUUUAUCAACUGCCGUAAAACUUCAAACAAAGGGACGGACUAUUAUUUUUUGGAGGGAGGGAGGGGAGGGAGGGGAGGGAGACGGGGUUGGGC